AUGUCGAUCCAGGGUUUGAUCUACAACACGAUAUUUAAGCGAACGUCGACGUUCAUGCUCGCCAUCAUCGGAGGCUCUUUCCUCUUCGAGAGGGCCAUAGAUGUUACCUCUGACACCAUCUUCGAGACUUACAAUAAAGGCAAAUUAUGGAAGGACAUCAAGCACAAGUACGAGACGUAAUUAAUCACUCCUGAGUGCGACACCGCCUUAGAAACUUAGGAAAACCAUAAAUUAAUACCCUAAAUUCUGCAAUUGUUACUCUCAAUGCGCAAUAAUGUAAAUAAAGCCAGGUGCACGUGAAUACCAAAUGCACCCUUGACUCAAA